CUUUGGUUGACCCAAAAAGUUUCUGCCUUUUUCCCCGUCUAUUUUCCCGACAAGCUUUCCCCUGGUCGGAAUCCGCCGCUUCCGGCGAGGUUGGCCGACUGGAAUCCAUCAUCGAACGAAUAUCCAGUGACGUGCAAAUUUUAAACGGUGCAUCAAAUGGAGUUCUAGAUCCAACCAGAUAAGAUCACAUCCUCAUCGGUCCUGCGGGCCCCAUGGUUUGCCACGUGUCGUAUGUUGAAAAUGAAAAAAAAGGAAAUUGCUGAGAGCAAUUGAUCGUGGGGAAAAAAAAGUAUCUUCAUGCUGCGAAAUUUUCCCCGGGUAUAAAUCUGCAAAUCUUUCAUCGGAUUAGGGUUCCUACCGUCUUCUAUUUAUUUUCAAUCUGUGUGUACGGAAUCACUGUGGUUUCCGUUCUGACGAUUCGGUUUAGGGAGAAAAUUAGUGGAGAAGGGUAGGAAUUUUGUCUAGUAAUGGAUUUGAAGAGUGAAGGCUCUGUUCUUGAGUCUGUUGAUGAUAAUAGUGUAACCCAACAAUGUGAAAAUGCUGCUGAUGAAGGAAAGAUUCUGAGUACUGGUCCAUGCUUGGAUGAGAGGGGGAAACCGGUCUCUGUUCAUUCAGCAGAAGCUGAUAAGGAUGAUAACUCGCUUGGUAAAACUGUGAACUUUGAUUCUUCUGGGGCGAAAUCACCGGGUGGAGCAUCCCCUUCGAUGAAAAAGGGUUAUGGUUUGAGGAAAUGGCGGCGGAUAAGGAGAGAUGUUGUAAAGGAUUCGUCUGCGAAUUGGGAGAGUAAUAAAAUUCUGAAGAGGGGGUUGUCUGGUUCGGGCCAUUCGCACUCGAAACAGAUGCAUUUCCGGUCACCAGAACUCGAAGAAAACAGUCAGGCUUCUGUUGGGUCUAGUCUUGAUUCUAGAUUGCCAGCUGGGCUUACUUUUUCGGCUGGUGUGGACUCGGAAAUCAGUGAGGAUCGGAGUAGCAAGUCCUCGACUGCAGCCAGUGCUCCCAAGGCUAGGUAUGAGUCUGACUUGCCAACGGGUCAUUCAUGGGAUAAAAAAUGGGCAAAGUAUUUGGGUGGAAAGGCUAUGAUUGAUUUGGGAGAUCAAAGAGCUCAACGAGGAAAAAGUCAGGUUGAGAACAGUAAGAAGUCUAGAGGAGAAGGGGUCAAAAUCAAGAAGGAGAAAUCUCAUUCCGGCGUGGAAUCUGACUCGAGAGGCUCCAACUUUGUCUUUAUGCAGGGUGAUUUCUGCAGUUCGAGUAGCAGAAAGCAGAGCUGGAGAGCGAUGGACUACAACGGUGAAAAUAGUGGCGAAGCCCAUAGCAACGGAGAAACCUCGUGCAGGAAAGAUAAUGCUGGAGAAGAAGCUGAAGAACUUUCACAAGAAGACUCGUCAGCAGAGUCUAUUGCCAAGAACAGUUACUUCUCGGGAGAUUUGGACCCAUUAACAGAGUCCAUCAACAGUUUCCUGACCUUGCAAGAAGCUCUUGAGCAAGAGAUUCAGAAAUUCCGGGAGAUUGGGAAGGAGCCUAUGACGCUACAUCAUCAUGCUGAUAACAGCGGUUCUAUACAUGCAACGGGAGAACGGACAAGUGAAGCAAGUUCAUCUCACCAGUUAGUGAGUGGAAAGGUAAUACAAAGGGAUUCAACUUCCUCAGAUUCUCAAAUAUCAGCCUUCGUGAAAAACAUAGAAUACUUAGAGGUCAAACUGGAGGAAACAAGGUCUAUGCUUGAGAUGAAAGAGUCACGGAUUCGUGAACUGGAGUCCAUGGUGAAUCUUAACAAAUUUUCCGGGGAAGAAGUUGAAAGCACUUCAGCAUCACAGCAGGAAGGUUUCAGAGGAACGGAAAUAGGGGUCGAAGACGCAUUCCAGCAAAAGAUUGAGGCCGAGAUCGAAUAUAUGAUACUGUCAAGAUCCAUAGAAAACUUAAAGACGGUAUCAGACAAACAGAUGAAGCUGUUUGAAGAGCAAAAGGGACUGGUAGAGGAAGAAGCUCACGAGGUGAUGAGCAAGCUCGGGAAAGCAGAAACGAAAGCUGAGAUCUUGAGAAACCGGGCACGAGAUCUGGAAAAGCAUUGUGGAGACAUAGUAGAAACUCGAGAAAUGCACAAGAUCAAGAAGAGAGCACGCAGAACUAGUUCGUGCCUGCUUUUACAGUUAGUUUUACUGCUUGUAGUAGUUUAUCUGUUCAUCUCUCAAAUGUUGCCAGAGUCAGAGAUUGUUGUACCCACAUGAGAUGGGGUUUCUUUUUGUUUUAUGCAAUCUUGGUUUUUCUGUAACAUAUUGGCUCCAAAAUUUUCAACACUUGUAAUAAAAUCAGGAAACAGUUUCAAGCUU